GUGAUUUCUGUCCAAAAGUUCUGAACUGGGAGAGAGAUGGAGAGAGCAUUGAGAGCUUACGCUGCCGUGCUGAGGCUAGUGAGGCGAUUGCCGGAGGAUACAAGGCCGUACUACGCCAAGUACGUCCGCGAGAAUUUCGUCAACUACAGAGAUGUAGAGGUCACCGAUCCCAAAGCCGUCGAUGAGAUCUUCCACAGGACCUACAACCACUCUCUCUGGAUCCUCAACAAGUAUUCUAUUGACAAAUCGGCCGCGAAGAGGCUAAAGGAGAUCUGCCUCUGAUAGUGAAUGCCAAGUGUUUGAUGUUAUGCCUCUAUUGACUUUUCUGUGAGUUUCUAAACAGAUUUGGUAGUGGAGUUUUUUCUUUUCUUUGUUUAAUGCUUUUGAUCAUUUGAUCAUUUGUCUAAGGCGAUAAGCAGGCAUUGAUGCAGUUUACAGCAUUUAGUUAUCUUAGCAAAUUAAUAGAACCUGUAUUUUUUCUCUAGUUAUCUGAUUGGGAUUUGGAUUUGUUCAUCACAUUUUGAAUAAUUGAUAGUGAUAGGUGUGCCUCUGUAUGGUAUAUUUACCAAAUAAAUGGACACCUUUUGGUGAUUGCAUGC